CCAUUUCGGGUUUAUCCUUCCUCCGCCGGUUUACGCCCGCGUGGGUCUGAAUGGAGCCUUGUGCUCUCCUCGGGGUCGCGAUGUUCCGCUCGAGCCGUUGGUGCCUCCUCUGCGGGUGCGGAAGGCCGUUCAGUUCCCGCGCCUGGUAUCAGUUGCUGCAGAAGGAAAGAGGUUCCCGAAAGCCAGUCACAGACAACUCCAGUGAAGUAAGCAUCUUAAGACCCACAAGAUCACUUGGCCCCGAAGAAAUGUUGAACCUGCUGGAAGCAUCAGUAGUGCAUGCAGAUGGUUCACUGGUUGCCAUCAGCAAACCCCCUGGCUUACCUGUGACAGGCAAACCGGGGGAGCUGACUUUGCUGUCUCUUCUACCCGAUCUAAGCCAGAAGCUUGGCUUCCCACAGAAUCUCGAUGUGAUAAAAGCUGCAGUAAAGGAGAGUUCUGGACUUGUUCUCCUCUCAGGUUGCCCGAGCACCACCCAGCGCCUCCAGGACUUCUAUGCCCGAUGUAGAAGAGCAGGAGAUCCGGCUGCUACCUACUGUGCCGUCACUACCAGGAUCCCUGCAGCCUUGGAAGGGGAAAUUCGUACAGGUCUCAAACUGAUACGGGUCGAAGAACAUAGGCUGGUGGUGCCAGUGGCUUCCCCUUCUCGAGGAAGCAUCCAGAGGAAGGAGGUUAGAAAAACACGGACACUCUAUAAGGUGCUGGACUCCCGCGAAGGCUGCGCCUUGCUGCAGCUACAGCCACUGACAGCCUUCGCUAACCAACUCCUGGUCAGCCUGAUACUGCUGCUGAGCCCUGCGCUAGGGGACCACGUGUAUUCCUCCCGUGUGGGGACUGUCCUGGGGGAGCCCUUCCUCUUGCCAGCUGAGAGUACCCUGCCUCGCACACAGGUCCUAGAAGAUGCUCUGCUGAAGAAGCUGCGCCUGCAGCAGCAACUGGCACACCGAUUGCCUCUCCACCUGCACCUGCACCAGCUCCUCCUCCCAGCCGCCGGCUCCCCUUCGUCCCGCACUGUGCUCACGGCUCCUCCGCCACCUUUUUUCCUGAGGACCCUUGAUCUUCUGGGCCUCGCCUUGCCGCAGGACCAAAACAAGCAGUGACAAGGCAUCCGAAGCGUUUGCCUCAACUCAGCAGGUACCGCCUGCCCCGGUCCAGUGGAAGUCAUGGCUUUUGACAGCCAGAAGCAGGUCUCUGCCAGGUUCUUGCUGCGGAGAGGAAGAAGCAUCUCGCCCCUUACUGGCCGGAUGCUCACAGAGCUGCUGCUGAAGGCCGUGAAAGGGAGAGGCUUCCUUUACACCUCAUACGGUCUAACAGAAGCAAUUUUUUUGAACUCUUUGUGCUGUGCAGCAAUGAAGGUAGCACCGAGGGAAACCUCGGUUCUAGAGUUUAUGUUUGCCCCGAUAAAUGCAACCUCCGCAGGCUGUGAACCAGCAGGCCAAUUGCGUACGCAUGGCUGUGCCAUGGCAACGCGAGUCAAUGGCUGGCUUGAGGUCCAGGCUGGAAAAAGCUUAGGCACACCCAACUCCUACUGAAAUCGGCGGGCGUGCUGCACUCCCAUUAACUCUGAUGGGAUGCAUGCGUUCCUCAUGCUGCAUGGUUUAUGUUCUUUGCAGCACUAAGCCACUGUGUUCAGCAUUUAUCUUUCCAGAAGAGGCAGUACCCACCCAUUGAAUCGCUUGCCAAUGAUUGCCUCUGGCACUCAGGAUAAUGCACUCUUCUGGGGGGGGGGUAAAGCAGUGUAGACUUCUCUCCUUUAUAUAUCUAUAAAACACGAAUUACUAAUGAAAAAAAUGCUUUGGCUUUUCACUACUGCUUUUCUAUAUAUCCAUAUAUAUUAUUAUUAUUCUUUGGCAAUUACUCGUAGCUGAGUAAGAUUGUCUUCCAUAAACAUGGUUGGGUUGGGUUUUUGGAAGACGCCUGUGCGUGGUUUUGUUUUAUGUGUGUAGAUCAGUGCACGCUGACCAACGCACAGUCUUCGCAGUGGGGCUCUGUUGCGAUGGCAUGAAGUAGUCACAACAAACCGGUAGAUUCCUAUCUGCUGCAGCCUUCGUCCGCCUUCACAGUCGUUGUAACAUACCGCUUGUUAUCAUCCGCCUGUUCUGCCAUGGAGGACUUCUUGGAUCAUUCUUUCUCUAGCUCCUUCCCCUUGACCUUACUGCAUUGGGUGACCCUGCUGGGAGUCCUGCUGGGAGUCCGAGAUUCCCAACGGCUUUGCUCACAAGGGUCAUAGGAACAUGCAAGCCCACUCACCACAACAAGGUGAUGAUCCAGCAUAUAUAUGUACACACACACACACACACACACACACAGAGUGGUACUUCAGUUUAAGAACAGCCCUGUUUGCGAACUAUUCGGUGUAUGAACUCUACAAAACUGGAAAUAGUGUCCUAGUUUGCGAACUUUACCUCGGUCUAAGAACGGAAGCCGAUUGGUGGAAGGGCACCGGCAGUAUGUGUAUAUGUGUAUAUAUAUAUAUAUAUAUAUAUAUAUAUAUAUAUAUAUAUACACACACACACACACACACACACACACACACACACACACACACACACACACUGUGGUACCUCGGUUUAAGUACACAAUUGGUUCCGGAAGUCUGUACUUAACCUGAAGCGAACUUUCCCAUUGAAAGUAAUGGAAAGUGGAUUAAUCCGUUCCAGACGGGUCUGCGGAGUUCUUAAACUGAAAGUACUCAAACCGAAGCGUACUUAAACCGAGAUAUGACUCUGUGUGUGUGUGUGUGUGUGUGUGUGUGUGUGUGUGUGUGUGUAUAUAUCUCAGAACCUUUAAGUAUAAUGAGCUGUUGCUGAAUGGGUUUCAGAUAAGGACCCCUUUGCUUAUUCUGUGUCUUCUAUUGAACUGAGAGUAAUUUUUAAAACUGUCCAGGCCACCCUUCCAUAUAAAUAUUCCCAGGGUAACUUUUACAUGAUGAAAUAAAUACUAAAUAGCAAUAAGAUGAAAACGCAGCUUCAGACGUGGCAGCGAUUUAUAAAAAUCUGUUUAACGAAAGUCUGGGGAAAAGACAAAGGCCUUCCCCGAGUGAUGAGCAGACUGAAGGGCAGGUGUCAUGGCAUCCUCCCUGGACAGAAGGUCCCAUAAGCAAGGUGCCACUGCUGAGGAAGGGCCCCCCCACCCCACCCAGUCACCAGCUGGCACCAUCCAUGAUGCAGGAUGUGGGGGCAUGAGAGUGCAAGGUUUUGUAGGCAGCCGUCUUGCCUGAAGCGGCUUUGUGUAACCUGAAAGCUUGUCCUCUUCUUUGCUGAUACGAAUUGAUCCGAUAAAGGUGAACCUUCCUUGUUCUCAUGCCUAGUAAUUUGGUAGUAAGAUUGAUUUGAUAACCGCUGGACUGGUGCCGUUUAACUUACGGCAAGAGGCGCAGAGUUGGAACAAGUGCUCUUAGGAGUGGCAGAUGGUUAUCUUUACAAUGGCUUUCUGUCAACAGGGUAACCGGAGAGCCUUGUUGAGUUACUGCAGUGCGAGUAGGCUUUUAAAGUGAGGUAACUGGCAUAAGAUUACAGGCAUCAAGUUCAUCCUGUUUUCAGGCUGUAUUAUGGUGCAGAGGUGCAAGUUGAGUUCAGACUAGAGGAAUGUUUAUGGGGGGGGAAUCUAGUUUUGUGUUCUACACAUAGGUCCAGGCCACUUGAGAGAGUUUGCAGACCUGGGCACAACCAUAUUACUUGGCACUUUUUCCUUUUCUUCUAAAGAGGGUGGCUGCAGAGGGGUCUGGAUCAGUCUCCUGCAAGGGCUGAGGGCCAGAGAUUCCUGCUUUCUAGCAGCAGCAAGUGAAACUUACGAGAGGCAGAAUCAGGGCUCUUGUUGGCAAAUAUAUACACACACUAAUAAUAGGAAACAAGCAUUGUUUACUUCCUUCAGAAUGAGGAUUGCUGUUUAAAAACCUACAACUUAUUCUUCUUUAAAGGUUGGAAAGGCCAGCUUAUUUUGUCCCAAACAAAACCAGGAACUACGUACGGUAAUUUCCCUCCUCUCCUCCUCUCUCUCCCCUCGUUCCACCCAUCCCCACCAAUUAAAAGAAUGCAGCUUAUGGUUUGUUGUGCAGCAUGUACGUGUCAGAGUGCUACCUGCAGUUAGGCUACUUUGGAAAGAACAAAGAAGAGCGAUUGGAAAAUGUGUGCACAGCCUUGCUUGCAUUUUGGCUCUUGCUGCCAUCUGGAGCCAGGCUGCAGCAGAGCAUCACCAAAGUGUGUGUGAGAAGUAGAGAGAGACUUCUUAGCUGUGUGCAUUAUUGUGGCUCAUGCUGGAGGGCUGCAGCAUGCUGCGGUCCCCCCGCUGUCCACUAUGUAGCUAUAAAACAAAUCCUACCGCUGGAAUAAGUUUACAGGUCUUUGGUCAGCUAGAGAGGCAAGAAUGGAAGAAUCUUAAUGCAUGGAGUGGAAAGCAGGAGGGGCCAUUUAGAUAUGUUAAGGCAUCAAAGAACAUUUUCAAAUGUGACACAAGGGUUUCUCUGCAAAAUACAGUGGUACCUCUAUUUACGAAUGUUUCUACUUACGAAUGGAGCUCCGUCUGCCAUCUUGGAUGCAGUUUAGAUAGGAUUUUUUCUACUUACGAAUUUUUAGAUAGGGUUGCUUCGACUUACGAAUUUUUUCUCCCAAUGCAUUCCUAUGGGAUUCGACUUGCAAUUUUUUUUCGACUUACGAAUGUGCGUUCAGAACGCAUUAAAUUCGUAAGUAGAGGUAACACUGUAAUAAUAUAUAUAUAUUUAAGGGUUGGGAGAGGAAACUCCAGGUACUACAAAGUGAUGUUAAAGGUUUCGGUAUUUGGCCUGGGUAAGGGACAACUUGUACAUUUAGCCAAUGAGGAGUUUAUCAGCCCUUGGUAGAAAAUUAUGGCUCGAAAAGCCUCCGGUUGGACUUGGACCAUCCUCUUUUAUCUCGUUUGGGUUAUGACAUCACCCUUAAAUCAUUUUUGAAAAGCAUAAUAACAAUAAUAAUAAUAAUAAUAAUAAUACAAAUUAGCAAAGUGUUGUUGUUUUUUUAAGAAGGGAAUAGUGCCAGCAGUAGGGAGAGACUGGAAUCUAGGAAGCUCCUUUAUACAGAGUAAGAAAGCUCAUUGGUCCAUCUAGUUGAGUACUGUGCCCAGAGGCUGGCCAUAGCCUUUGCAGGGUUUCGGAUAGAAGUGUUCCUGGGCUCAGCCUGGAGUUGUCAGAGGCUGAACCUGGUCUCUACUGCAUGCAGAGCAUGUGCCCUGAGCGCCACUGGUGCCGUACAUGACCCUCCCAUUCCACUAAAAUCUCUGACUAGCACAAGCAAAGCCUGCCAAGACUGUUUGGUGGUUUCUUUGUAACGUGGUCAAGUUUCAGAUUUUACCCUUCCGUAUAAAUGACAGGCUUCUCAACGUCCUCCAUUUUAAAGAAAACGAAUCAAUCCCCAGCCCCUUUGAUCAGAACGUGAAAAACUGAAUUCUACAAAGAUCAGGCU